GCACCAACUUAGUUUGUUGGCGGCAUCUUUUCUACUAAAAACACACUGGCUGGUGAAGCCUUAUCAGGGGUUUUUCAGAAUGAGCUCAGUCGCGUGUUAAAGAUGAAGCCUUAUCUGUAAAGAAUCCCAUCGGGCUGAUACAUUAUUACAUAACUGCUGCCUAUACGACGGAAUGAUGGAUAAUGGAGUUGUGUAUAAAAUAUUCAUAUCCAUAUUUUAAAGUUCAGUUUUUCAACAGACACCUGACUGUCAUCGUCUGUUUCCCGCCUGUCUCUCACCUCCACCCCCUCUGUUCAUGGCGAAGCCUUUUGCUUAUAAACAGUGGUGACGGCGAAUUGGACUUCCCUGCUGGUGCUUUAAAAACUUGCGUGGAAGCCGUGAGCGACUACACCUCAGCAGGCCUCAAAGUCCAGUGCAUCUGCUGUUAAUGGUGUCCUGUAUUUUCUUAAGAAGUGAAGCAGUCAUGACCUAUUGGUCUCCAGAUUAGGAUCCUACAGGUAUCAAUCUUCGAUAAACAAUUCAAUCGCUAUUCUCAUGUAUGUUGUGAGAACAGAUUUUGAUCCCACUGAGACGGCAAGGUAAGGCAAGACGCCGUACCUUGCCGUACCCAAGUGAUGUCCCUGCAUCGCCGUCGUGCGCUAUGGGGAGUGGGUUGGAGUGGGGGAGGCUCCGGGAAGGGGCCGUGCGUCGUGCGCUGCAAGGCUUGGCCACGGAUGUGCGCGCGGCGCUCGGUUCCCGUCAGACGGAUCAGAUGCUCGGUGCUUAGCUCGAACCCGACGACUGAUUGAACGCAAGAGAGCCACGGAAGCGCUCCGCUCGUCGGGCUUCUUCGUUUCCAAGGCUGAUCGCCACGGGAAUACAGCCGCCGGACCGACCGCGCGUUGGCACACGUCCCCCUUGGGGGUCGAGGGAGAAAAGGGAGAGAAAAAAAAGACAGAAAGAGGGUGGGAUAGGUAGAGGGAGCGCUAUAGAGAGAGAGAGGGAGAGAGAGAGAGAGAGAGAGAGAGAGAGAGAGAGAGAGAGACGAGAAGAGACACUGGACUCCCUUUGGCUCUGCGGGGCUUGCCACCUCUCUCUGGUUCGGGGAGCCUCAGGGGCGAUGCUGCUGGGCGGGGAUGGUGCACGGUUUCUGCCCGGUGGCGGAGGGGAAGAUGCGAGCUGCCGCUACAACACACCCGCACCGCCGCCGUCGUAUUUUCCGACCAAGAAUUGAUGAUGGUGAUGAUGCUGCCUCCCCCAGUGGUCUUUUUCUGCUCCUCCGGAUCAUACUCGUCCGGGAUUCUCAUUCCCCCAACACUGGAUUAUAGAUGAUUGUUGUGGACAUUAUUUUUUCUUUUCAUUUCAUCAGCUCUUUUUUUUUUUUGUUUUUCGUUUUUUUUUUUCGAGGGAAAACUGGAGAAGACAUAAAUUGGUAGAUUGAGGACCGGUGCAUUUUUUUUUUUCGUCUCCAAGUGCGCGCAAUCACGCCCAAAAUCAGUGACCGACGCCUUGGUGAGGAGGAGGAGGAGGAGGAGAAGGAGGAGGAGGAAAAGGAGGGGGGAUGCCGCACCGUCCAUCACCAAAUAUCAACAAAUGUCACCAGGCUCGGAUUUUGGGGAAGCCCCCCUCGGUUGGCGUUUGCGUGUAACCCGAGCGGUGUGGUGGCAGUGAGGGGUGGCAGCAGGUGUAAUCUGCCGUGCCACAUCAAACAUUGCGGAUAUAUGGCACAAGAAUAAAUGAAUUAUUAAAGGUUUAACUCUCAUCUAUUGCUAUUUUUAACCCACUUGAAACGGGGGACUUGGGGAAGGGGGGAAACAAGACAACUGCAGAUCCUUGUCAAGAUGCACUAGGCUGUUGAGAGGAGGGGGUAAAAAAAAAAGACGCAGUCUCAAGCUACCAUAGCCUACUUUGUGGAGAUGAUUGCAAUAUUUAUAUAAAUGCACAGCUAUGCAUCCUUAUCGCAUUAUUUAAAGGAGGGGUCGAUUUGUUUGCCUGCUGAAAUGCAAGAAGCGACUCACUCUUGGAGAGUUUUUUUUUUCCUUCCUCCAGCCAAAUAAAUAAAUAAAUAAAAUAGAAAGAGGAUGCCUUGCUUUUCCACGGAGAGAAAAACACUGGCGGUUUGGGAAGAUACUGAUUUUUUUCCUUCCUUUUGACUCGCCACUAAAACCAACCGUGUUUUUUUCCCCCGUCAGAGGACUGAUUAGCCAGAAAUUACAUAAACACAUCGCUUUAUUUUCCAUUCAUAUUCCAAACACACCGUCUGAGGCACACCGUGCGCUUUCCCUCUCUUCUCCCUCCCCCUCCCCUCCCCUCUCCUCCUUCCCAUCCCUCCCUCCCUCCCUCCCUCCCUCCCUCCCUCUCCACACUCACAAAUGGAGGUAUCUUCUCGGAGCUGAAGAUCUGGGAAGGAGGCAGAGAUAAAUAGAAGGAGAAAGAGACAGACAGGAGAGAGAGAGACGAGCAGCCAGAGACAUAGCCAGACCCAACUCCAUUCUGCAUGUGUGUUUGGAGCCGAGGCUGAUGGGGUGGUGGCAUGUGGAGGUGUCACACUGAGGUUCCCCCCCUGCUGCUUCCUAACCUCUGGCGUUUGGUGUCUGCAGAAUGGCGCGCUUUGGAGACGAGCUACCCAACAGGUAUGGAGGAGGAGGAGGAGGAGGAGGAGGAGGAGGUGGUGGUGGCGGUGGUGGCGGGGGUGCCGGCGGACAAGGGGGGCCCGGCCGUGGCGGGAGCAGGCAAGGGGGGCCCCCCGGAGCGCAGCGGAUGUACAAGCAGUCGAUGGCCCAGAGAGCCCGGACCAUGGCCCUGUACAACCCCAUACCCGUCCGGCAGAGCUGCCUAACGGUCAACCGCUCCCUCUUCCUCUUCAGCGAAGACAACGUGGUGAGGAAGUAUGCCAAAAAGAUCACCGAAUGGCCUCCGUUUGAAUGGAUGAUCCUCACCACCAUCAUUGCGAACUGCAUCGUCCUGGCUCUGGAGCAGCAUCUUCCAGACGGAGACAAGACGCCUCUGUCCGAAAGACUGGAGGAGACGGAGCCCUACUUCAUAGCCAUCUUCUGUUUUGAGUCGGGGAUAAAGAUCCUGGCUCUGGGUUUUGCGUUACACAAGGGCUCCUACCUGAGGAACGGCUGGAACGUCAUGGACUUUGUGGUCGUGCUCACCGGUAUUUUGUCGUCAGUGGGGUCUCAGCUCGAUCUGAGGACGCUACGAGCCGUCAGAGUGCUGCGACCGCUAAAACUUGUGUCUGGAAUUCCGAGCCUGCAGGUGGUGCUCAAGUCCAUUAUGAAGGCUAUGAUCCCCCUGCUGCAGAUUGGCCUGCUGCUGUUCGUGGCCAUCCUCAUGUUUGCCAUCAUCGGCCUGGAGUUCUACAUGGGAAAGUUCCACACCACCUGCUAUGAUGAAGUCACACAGGAAAUUGUGGACGAACUGCCGUGUGGCACAGAGCUGCCGUCCCGGUUGUGUCCCAAUGGCACGGUGUGUAAAGGCGGUUGGAUUGGACCCAACUACGGCAUCACCCAGUUUGACAACAUCCUGUUCGCCGUGCUCACCGUGUUCCAGUGCAUCACCAUGGAGGGAUGGACGGACAUGCUGUACUAUAGUAAUGAUGUGGAAGGCAGCGCCUGGAACUGGAUGUACUACAUCCCUCUCAUCAUCAUCGGCUCUUUCUUCAUGCUCAACCUGGUGCUGGGUGUACUCUCAGGUGAAUUUGCCAAAGAGAGAGAGCGAGUGGAGAACAGGAGUGAGUUCCUCAAGCUGAGGCGACAGCAGCAGAUUGAGAGAGAGCUCAACGGAUACCUGGAGUGGAUCUGCAAAGCAGAAGAGGUGAUUCUGGCGGAGGACGACGUCACUGGGAAAUUUGAUGGUACGAGGCGAAGGCCGACCAUCAAAACCAAAAACAACAAGACGGAGCUGCUGAAUCCUGAGGAGGGAGAGGACAACAUGGGUGAUGCAGUAGGUUUUGCACGCUCCAGCAUAAAGAACGGCAAGGAUGGCAAUUACAAUAAGACAGAGCGACGGCUUCGGUUCUUUAUCCGCAAGAUCGUGAAGACGCAGGCUUUCUACUGGACCGUGCUGUGCCUGGUGGGCCUCAACACCAUCUGCGUGGCCGCGGUGCAUUACAACCAGCCUGAGCUGCUCUCCGACUUCCUCUUCUAUGCAGAGUUUAUCUUCCUCGGUUUGUUCAUGUCCGAGAUGCUGAUCAAGAUGUAUGGUCUGGGCAUCCAGCCCUACUUCCACUCCUCAUUCAACUGCUUCGACUGUGUGGUAAUUGUGGGCAGUAUCUUUGAGGUGGUGUGGGCCACCAUAAAACCAGGAACAUCCUUCGGGAUCAGUGUGUUACGAGCUCUACGACUGCUCCGCAUCUUCAAAGUCACAAAGUACUGGGCACCUCUUCGAAACUUGGUGGUUUCUCUGUUAAACUCCAUGAAGUCUAUUGUCAGUUUGCUGUUCCUCCUCUUCCUCUUCAUCGUCGUCUUUGCCUUGUUGGGGAUGCAGCUAUUUGGAGGACAAUUCAACUUUGAAACAGGAACUCCACCAACUAACUUUGACACUUUUGCAGCAGCUAUCAUGACAGUCUUUCAGAUCCUGACGGGAGAAGACUGGAACAUGGUGAUGUACGAUGGCAUUGCGUCCCAGGGAGGAGUGAACGACAAGGGGAUGGUCUUCUCCAUCUUCUUCAUUGUACUCACACUCUUCGGCAACUACACUCUGCUGAACGUCUUCUUGGCCAUCGCUGUCGACAAUCUGGCCAACGCCCAGGAGCUUACCAAGGACGAGGAGGAACAGGAGGAGGCAGCCAAUCAGAAGACAGCGAUGCAGAAGGCUAAGGAGGUCGCAGAGGUCAGCCCGCUGUCUGCUGCAAACCUGUCCAUUGCUGCGAAAGAGCAGCAGAAGAACCACAUCAAGGGCAACAAGUCCGUGUGGGAGCAGAGAACGAGCGAGAUCCGCAAACAGAACCUGAUGACGAGUCGAGAGGCGCUCUACAACGAGCUGGAGCAGGAGGACUGGAAGGUGGGAGGGGAGGGAGAGGAGGUGUCGUACCCACAGAAAGCACGUGGUGAUAUGAAGACCCACUUGGACCGGCCACUUGUGGUGAACCCGCAGGACAACCGCAACAACAACACCAACAAGACCCAACCUGGUGAGCUGCCUCUGGAUCAGGAGUACCGGCGCCAAGACAUAGAUCACUGCCGUCGUGCCGCCCACUACUAUUGCUACCGUCACAAUCAGCAUCAGAAAGCUGUCGGGCCUGAGGCCGGAGAAACCGUACAGCUGGCAGAGACCCGCAUGGAGCACGGCUUGAGCUGCACGUCUUUGGGCAACGUGGAGGGCCGGCAGGCGGAGGAGAGGCACAGCCACCGGAGCCACCGGGGCCAUCGGCACCGGAACAGGGAAGGCAGGGAGGCUCGCAGCGCUUCCCCCCACCACGGCGAGAGGGGAGAGGGGAGCAACGAGCACAGGAGGUCGCGGCAGCACCGGAGGGCGGCCAGGGAGGGCGAGGAGGGCAGGAGACACCGAUCUAGGGGGACAGAGGGAGAGGGGGAGAAAGGGGAAGAAGGGGAAGGACGGAAGACGAGACGGCAUCGCCAUGGCAACCAGGAAAGGAGCAGAGGGCAUCGCACAAGGAAAGAGCACCACAGUGCCGGCCCCAGUCUCUCCACCACCCGGCCCAUACAGCAGUAUAACGAGGACCUGGACAACUUCCGCAACAACAGCAAGCUGGCGAGCGCUCAGGAGCACCCUUACGCCCUCCCGCCAGAUCACCCCGACCACGUCAACAACCUGCUGAACUGCAGAGACGCUGAUACCCACACCCUCCUGCACAGCAUGGACAGCCUGAUCCUCACUAGCAUGGCGAAACCCGAUUACACAACCAUAGACAUGCCUCCGGUCUACCCCUACCCCUCGACCAACGCCAUCUUGCAAGUGAACAAGAACGCCAACACCGACCAGAAAAAGAGCGAGGAGAAGAAGGAGGAGGAGGACGAGGGCGGAGAUGAAGAUGGCCCCAAGCCCAUGCCUCCCUAUAGUUCCUGCUUUAUCAUGUCUACCACCAACCCGUUUCGGAAGUGCUGUCACUACAUCCUGACUCUGAAGUAUUUUGAGUUCAGCAUCCUGUCUGUCAUCGCUAUGAGCAGCAUCGCCCUUGCUGCUGAGGAUCCUGUCUGGCCUGACUCACCACAAAAUAAUGUGCUGCGUUAUUUUGACUACGUUUUCACAGGCGUCUUCACAUUUGAAAUGUUGAUCAAGAUGGUGGUGCUGGGCUUGUUUCUCCACCAGGGCUCCUACUUCCGCGACUUGUGGAACAUUCUGGACUUUAUAGUGGUUAGUGGUGCUCUGGUGGCCUUCGCCUUCACGCCGAGCAGCACCCGGGGGAGCAGCAAAGGCAAGGACAUCAGUACGAUCAAGUCUCUCCGUGUGCUGAGGGUGCUGCGUCCUCUUAAGACCAUCAAGCGUCUCCCCAAGUUAAAGGCCGUCUUUGACUGUGUGGUCAACUCUCUGAAGAACGUGCUGAACAUCUUGAUCGUCUACAUGCUCUUCAUGUUCAUCUUCGCCGUGGUGGCCGUGCAGCUCUUCAAGGGCCGCUUCUUCUACUGCACCGACGAAUCCAAAGAGUUUGAGCGCGACUGCAGGGGCGAGUAUUUGGUUUAUGAUAGGGAUGAAGUUAAAGCUCAGAAGCGGGAGUGGAAGAAGUACGAUUUCCACUACGACAACGUGGCUUGGGCCUUGCUCACCCUCUUCACUGUCUCCACUGGAGAGGGGUGGCCGCAAGUGUUAAAGCACUCAGUGGACUCCACCUAUGAGAAUCAGGGCCCUAGCCCAGGUUACAGGAUGGAAAUGUCCAUCUUUUACGUGGUGUACUUCGUUGUCUUCCCCUUCUUCUUCGUGAACAUCUUUGUGGCUCUCAUCAUCAUCACCUUCCAGGAACAGGGGGAUAAGAUGAUGGAAGAUUAUAGCUUAGAAAAGAACGAGAGAGCCUGUAUAGAUUUUGCCAUCAACGCCAGGCCUCUGACUCGCCACAUGCCAAAGAACAAACUAAGCUUCCAGUAUCGCAUGUGGCAGUUCGUGGUGUCGCCGCCCUUUGAGUACAGCAUCAUGGCUCUAAUCGCGCUCAACACCAUCGUCCUCAUGAUGAAGUUUGACGGUGCAUCGUUAACCUACGACAACGUCCUGAAGAACCUCAACAUCGUGUUUACCACUUUCUUCUUCAUGGAAUCAGUCCUCAAGAUCAUUGCUUUUGGCCCUCUGAAUUACUUCAGAGACGCCUGGAACAUUUUUGAUUUUGUCUCCGUCCUUGGAAGCAUCACUGACAUAUUAGUGACAGAACUUGGGAAUCUGAAUAAUUUCAUCAACCUGAGCUUCCUGAGGCUGUUCAGAGCAGCUCGCCUCAUCAAGCUGCUGAGGCAGGGCGAGACCAUCCGCAUCCUCCUGUGGACGUUCGUGCAGUCCUUCAAGGCUCUGCCCUACGUGUGUCUGCUCAUUGCCAUGCUCUUCUUCAUCUAUGCCAUCAUCGGCAUGCAGUUGUUUGGGAACCUGGCACUAGACGAGGAGGGAGAGAGCGCCAUCAACAAGCACAACAACUUCAGAACCUUCAUCAUGGCCCUAAUGCUGUUGUUCAGGAGUGCCACGGGUGAGGCGUGGCAUGAGAUCAUGUUGGCUUGCCUGGGUGGGAAGGAAUGCGACCCGGCCUCAGGAAAUACAGAGCCUGAGUGUGGGAGCACCUUCGCCUACACCUACUUUGUUUCCUUCAUCUUCCUCUGCUCUUUUCUGAUGCUGAAUCUGUUCGUCGCCGUCAUCAUGGACAAUUUCGAGUACCUGACCAGAGACUCCUCCAUCCUCGGGCCGCAUCACCUGGACGAGUAUGUAAGGAUAUGGGCUGAGUACGACCCCGCCGCUUGCGGGCGCAUACAUUAUAAGGAUAUGUACAGUUUAUUGCGAGUUAUCUCCCCUCCUCUGGGCCUUGGCAAGAAAUGCCCACAUAGGGUGGCCUGCAAGAGGCUGCUGCGCAUGGAUCUGCCGGUUGCCGACGACAACACAGUGCAUUUUAACUCCACCCUCAUGGCUCUGAUCAGGACAGCUCUGGAUAUAAAGAUUGCCAAGGGUGGUGCAGACAAGCACCAAAUGGAUGCAGAGCUGAGAAAGGAGAUGAUGGCCAUUUGGCCCAACUUGUCGCAGAAGACGCUGGACUUGCUGGUCACGCCGCACAAGGCAGCCACAGACUUGACGGUGGGCAAAAUCUACGCCGCCAUGAUGAUCAUGGAAUACUACCGACAGAGCAAGACGAAAAAGCAGCAGGCCCUGCGAGAUGAACAGAACCGAACGCCAUUAAUGUUUCAGCGCAUGAAGCCACCCUCUGAGGAAGAGGGGCUCGACGGCCAGGGGGGGCAGGGCCAGAACGGCCUCCCCAGCACCCAGCCGGACAACGUCAACAGCAUACCUCCCGAGGGUGGCAUGACUGAAAGCCAGUCAUGGGUGACAGCCAAAGCCCAGGAAAUGUUCCAAAAUACGGGGAACUGGAGCCCGGACCGACCCUACCCCGACGACCUCCAUGACAACCGCCACAACCCCCAGACGGUAGAGAUGAGGGAGAUGGGGCGGGACGGGUACUCCGACACUGAGCCCUAUCACCCAAUGGAUGGGCAUGGGCGGACCCUCUCCAUGCCCCGCCUCUCGGCAGACAACCAAAGAGCUCAUGCUGUUUCGCGGAGGAGACACAGGCCUCGCGGAAAUAACCUCAGUACCAUCACCGACACCAGCCCCAUGCGACGCUCCACCUCCAGCCUGGUCCAUGGGCGUACGGGCCGGAGCAUGAGGCUGGACGACUACUCCCUGGAGAGGGUGGUGUCCGAGGAGGGGAGGCACGGAGGAGGAGGACGCAGGCACAGGGACAAAAGUCACCGCACUUCGCAGCGCUCCCUGACCAGAUACACCGACGCAGACACGGGCCUGGGCACAGACCUCAGCACCACCACGCAGUCAGGCGACCUGCCACCCAAGGAGCGCGAGCGGGACCGCGGCCGGACCAAGGACCGCCGCCACCACCACCACCACCACCACCACCACGGCUCCAUGGACAAGGAGCGCUACGGGCCCGAGCGCCACGACUACCCCCACAGGCACUCCCAGGACCGCCACUGGUCCCGGUCGCCCAGCGAGGGGCCCGACGGGCGGGGUCACAGACAGGGCAGUAGCUCGGUGAGCGGCAGCCCGGUCCCCUCCACCUCGGGGACCAGCACUCCGCGGAGAGGCCGUCGCCAGCUGCCUCAGACCCCCGCCGUCCCGCGCCCGCAUGUCACCUACUCCCCGGCCGUCCGCAAGCCCGGCUACGGCCCCCCGGGGCCGGGCCGCCUGCGCUCCCCCUCCCCCCGACACUUCUCCCCGCCCGACCACGACAGAGGCUACCACCACCGGCCCCCGUCGCGCCACGGCUCCCCCCACCACGGGGGCUCGUCGUCCCGCCACGGCUCGCCCCGCUCCCCCAGGCACCAGUCCCCGCGCUCGCCCGUCCACGGCUCGCCUAGGUCCCCGCACCGGGGCCGCUGGAGCGGGCCCCCGCCCGGGGACAGCCUGGAGGGCAACGGGCCCUUCUACGAAAGAGAUUACGAGUACGAGCGGCACCACGAGCCCCCGGCCUACGAGCAGAGCCUCUCCCACGGCAACCCGCACCCGCACGGAGGAAACCCCCACCCACACCCGCGCUCACCUAGGACUGCCCGCCACGGGCCUCCUCCGCCCCCUCACCCGCACCCGCGAAGGGUGCCCAACGGCUACCGCUCGUCCUCGCCUUCCCCGCACCGGAGGGGGCCGCCGGGGGCGCCGCCCCACCCGCACCACCGGCCCCCUCACGCCAGGGGGCCUCGCAAGGGCCUGCAUGAACCUUAUAGCGAGACAGACGAGGACGACUGGUGCUAGCGACCGCAGAGAGCAAGGGAUCAGCUCAGGAGGGGAGAAGAACUACACACGGCUCCAGUGCUCUGGCCUCGGACAUUUAGACUUUUUGAUAAAGCGGCGGCGGCGGUGGAAAUGUUGAAGGGAAGGGUCAGAUACCCUCCAGACCCUCUACCUUCACCCCUCAGACUCUAAAUAAGAGGAAGGGGUGGAGGGGAGGGGGUUGGCGGUGCUGCAAAUGGCCUUUCACGCGCUUUGAAUCGGUGACGGAGCAGCACGUGGACAAAAAAAAAAGAAAAAAAAAACAGAGAGACAGCCAAGACGACCCGGGGCACAGUUUACCUCUGCCUCUCCCAGUCUCAGAACUACACUUCCCAGAACCGGCCUUGACCAUCAAGGCCGGGCCGCACGGGGAAAGAGAGAAGCGCGCGGAAACGGAAGGCAAGUGAGCAGCGGGAGGUUAUAAAACUGGGCUGUGAUCGUCGCGGUUUACGAGGCCUGAAAGCACCUCUCCCGGACGGACGCCUGAUUGCUCAGCCGCGUGCUAUCUGUCGCUGGCCAGACUACUGCUGCAAAAGCCUGAAAAUUAGCUGGAACCCAGAGUCCACCGCUCUGACUCUGCUAGACAGACGAGUCUAGGAAUAUAAGAUAAAUAAAUCAAUAAAAAGCCAGGACCCCCUAACCCUUACAUGCCAAGCUAUGCCUCCAGAAAAUCAAACUUGAACAAUGAAGAACACAACGAAACUUUACGUGACAAUGAAAAGAAAAAAAAAAAAAAAAAAGGGAGAACAACCACUUUAUCUUUAACCUUUUUCCUUUCCAAGGGACAGAACCAGGAAGCUCCGCCUAUACUGCAAAAACCAGCCAAUCACAGCGCUGGCUGAUAUUCGAUGAGUUUUAUCAUCUCUGUUUACUGUUAAAGACUCACUAAAUGCUGACGGAACUGCUGUGACAUCACUUCCUGUCCAGCUGACCGGCUAGGGGGAGGGCGGGGGCGGGGGGAGGGGUGGGAGGUAGAAAGGGGGGCGGGGAGCGGAGAAAAGGGCUGAGGGCACAGUUUGAGCUAAACGUGCUCGAGCGGCGGGCUCAGGUAACUAGAGAAGGGAGCCGGACACUUUGUCAAGCCCCUUCCUCCUCGUGUUACUCGUGUUCGAAGGAUGAACCCGACAGGAAAUGGCGACACGCAGUUGAAUGGGGGCGGAGGAGGAGGAGGAGGAGGAGGAGAGGAAAAGGAGGGAAUGGGGGGAAAAAGACUAAUUUCUUCAGUAUUUCUUCUAUCGAUUGCUUCUCCUUGUUCUUCUUCAGACAUUGGAGCUUGGUUCUUCUGUUGCAUUCGCUCAGCCUCCUUUGAUCUUUUUCGGAGUCCAAAAAUUUGAUGGAAACCUGCAUGAUUGAUUAAAUACAUACUAGAGAGGAAAUCUUAACCGGUGUGGCGGGGUGGGACCUGGGGGCUUUAUAAGAAAUUUGCAUUUAGGUUUACAAAAGAAGUUCUCUUCUUUCGGGCUCUCUCCUCUCUUACGUCUCAGAAGUGAAUAAUGUUUUGUUGGUUUUUUUUUUGUUUUUUGCUUGGUUUUUACCUGAAACGAGCUUCGACGGGCGGCUCUUUGGAAGCCACGCGCUCAGAGGUAACCGUUUCCUGUCGGGCUUGAGAAACGAGAGGGAGAUGGAGCGGAGAGAAGCGAACCUCUUGCCACACUUUAUUCAUUUAUUAUUGUUAAUGAUGACAAGUCUUAUGAAUAAUGAUAUUAAUGUCAAUGCAAAAAUGAUGAUGACAAUGAUGAUGAUGAUGAUUGAUUGAUUGUUACAAAUGUUGCUGUAGAUUGGUGUCAUGUUAUUUGGAGUUAAGGUAUGCUACGUCCAUCUUGUUUACAUCCGUUAUGUUUCGUUUUUGUUUUAAUUAUUAUUAUAUCUCCCCCCUGCCCCGAUCCCACCCCUCUCCCUUUCAACAAUGACGUUUACUGGGUUCCCGAUGCCUUUGUGCAACCUUUCGAAGGGUGGGUGGGGGUGUUGGGGGUGGGCUUCGGGAACAUUCACUCUUCAGCAUUGCGUGUUGUAACGCAACUCUUAAGGUUAACAUUCUUUCUCUCUGUCUCUCUCAAGAAUUGCAGUGGAGGUGGAGGUCAGGGGCGUCUCUGUAUCUUAAGACCCGCGGUGAUUCGCGGGGUCAGUACACUUUGUCAAGCCAACCCAAAGAUCAAUAACUCAUGCACAGAGUGAGGGGUAGAGCAGUUUAUUGCUAGCAUGAAAGUGACAGAUACACUUGCAUCUGAAAAAAAAAAAUAAAUAAAUCGGUGAAUCUCUCUGUUUAGACUGUGUAGCUGGGUUUACAUGGAGCCAACUAUUCGGAUGUAGAAGCCCAAACUGAAUGAAAGUGUUCCGUAUAAACACCCCAAUCUGAAUAAACAGGAAAUUUAAUCUGGUUUCAAUAUUCCCUUUCCCAAACUGAUCAAAAGUGUAAAUGCGCAGUGGCGUUCGUUUCCUCGACUGAUCUACAGCUCCACAGAGUUUGUUUUUAAUAACGACGGGCA